GCAACAAUGGCAGUGAUGACCACUGUUAACUUUCAAAACUGUUUCAUCUUAAUCAUCAUAUGCCUCUUUUCACUCAUCUGUUACUCCCGCUUCUUCAAGAAACCAAAGAAUGGAUUCGAUUAGCCUCCGAGCCCUCCUUCUCUUCCCAUCAUCGGUCAUCUUCACCUUCUUCUCUCUCCUCUAACCCACAAGUCCUUACAGAAACUUUCCUUCAAGUAUGGGCCUCUCCUCCAUCUUAGCAUCUUCAGUUUUCCAGUACUCUUUGUUUCCUCUGCUUCAGUGGCCUACGAUAUCUUCAGGCUGCACGAUGCCAACAUCUCCUUUCGUGGAAAUCCCCCGAUUGAUGAGUCCCUCUUGGUUGGUUCUUCUGGAUUUUUCACCGCUCCUUAUGGAGAUUAUUGGAAGUUCAUGAAGAAGCUUAUGUUCACGAAGCUGCUAGGACCGCAGGCACUCGAGCGGUCACGAGGCAUCCGUGCAGAUGAGCUAGAACGGUUUUACAUGAGCCUGCUCGAUAAGGCAACGAAGAAUGAGAGCGUUGAGAUUAGUAAAGAAGCAAUGAAGCUCACGAACAACAUCAUCUGCAAGAUGAUCAUGGGAAGGAGUUGUUAUGAGGAGAAUGGUGAGGCGGAGAGAGUCAGGGACAUGGUGACCGAGUCGACUGCCUUGACAAUGAAGAUUUUUGUGGCAAACUUGUUGCAUAGGCCCCUUAAGAAGCUCGCAAUCUCACUGUUCAACAAUGAGAUAAUGGGUGUUUCUCGGAUUCGACGGGUGCUGGAGAGGAUUCUUGAGGAACACGAAGAGAAACUGAGCAAAUAUCAAGAUACGGAUUUGAUGGACGAGUUGUUGGUAGCUCACCGAGACGAAAACGCAGAGUAUAAGUUCAGUAGGAACCACAUCAAGUCCUUGUUUGUGGAUCUUUUCAUUGCAGGCACUGACACUUCAAGACAUGCAACACAGUGGACAAUGGCAGAGAUCAAUAACAACCCUAACGUUCUUGAUAAACUGAGAGAAGAAAUCGAUUCUGUUGUUGGGAAAACAAGGUUGGUUCAAGAAACGGAUCUACCAAACCUCCCUUAUUUGCAAGCGAUUGUUAAGGAAGGACUGAGAUUGCAUCCUCCAGGAGCUCUCUUUACAAGAACCUCCCGAGAAGGGUGUAGGAUCAAAGGAUUUUAUGUACCGGAGAACACGCCACUUGUUGUUAAUGCUUACGCUGUGAUGAGAGACCCUGAUUCUUGGGAAGAUCCUAAUGAGUUUAAGCCAGAGAGGUUUCUAGCUUCUUCAAGAUCAGGAAUAGAAGACGAGAGAGACCACACACUUAAGUACAUUCCUUUUGGCAGCGGGAGGAGAGGCUGUCCUGGAUCAAAUCUAGCUUAUAUAUUUGUAGGGAUCGCAAUAGGAGUGAUGGUGCAGUGCUUUGACUGGAAAAUCAAAGGAGAUAAGGUUAACAUGGAAGAAGCUCCAAGAGCACUGGUCUUGACUAUGGCUCAUCCCCUUCAGUGCAUUCCUGUUGCUCGAACCCCACAAUUUUUAACUUUGAAUCUGCAGAAUCCUAGUUCCGGACUUGGAGAUGUCACAUGCACCUGUUAAUACAUAAAUAUUUUAUAAUCAGUGUGGAAUCUUGGUCGUUGCCUUGGGCGGUGUUUGCAUGUCAUACUUGCUUGAAACCUAGUUGUCUUGAUCCUCCAAGGAAUUCUAGUUUGUUAGAUCCUAAGGAUGGUGUAUGUGACUUUGAAUCUUUCGUUUUUAUA